AUGGCGGAGGAAAGUUGGCAGUUGAGGAAAGGCGUCAGUGAUGUCGGGGAAGAAGUGGACUACGACGAAGAGCUGUAUGUGGCCAGCAACAUGGUCAUCUGGAGCAAAGGAAGCAAAAACCAAGCGUCUGCCGUUUAUAAGGCUUUCACUGUCGACAGCCCCGUUCUGCAGGCCUUAUGGUGCGACUUCACUAUACCCCAGGAAAAAUCUGAAAAAGCUGAUGUUUCAGGCAGUGAUGAAAUAGUAGAGAAAUGUAUCUGCAUAUUGCAGAAUUCCUGUAUAAAUGUGCAUAGCAUAGAGGGAAAGGAUUACAUUGCUGCUUUACCUUUUCAGGUCGCAAACGUCUGGCCAACAAAAUAUGGUUUGUUAUUUGAGCGCAGCAGUUCUUCACAUGAAGUACCUCCAAGUCCACCCAGAGAACCUCUGCCUACUAUGUUCAGCAUGCUACACCCAUUAGAUGAGAUAACACCACUUGUCUGUAAGUCUGGAGCAGGCGUGUUUGGUUCUGCUAGAGUGCAGUACGUGGCUGAUUACACCUUGAGGAUCGUGUUUCUCAAUGCUGACCCUUCCAUCGUGAUGACCUAUGAUACUGUGCAGAGUUUACAUACUGUUUGGGCUCUUCGGAGAGUAAAGCCGGAGGAGCAGAACACGGUGCUGAAGUUCUCGGAGCAGAUGGGCACACCGCAGCACGUGGCCACUAGCAGCUCUCUGACCACUCACCUCAGAAGCUUCUCCAAAGGAGACUCUCCCGUGGGCUCCCCUUUCCAGAACUACUCAUCUAUCCACAGCCAGAGCAGAUCAGUGUCGUCGCCCAGCAUGCAGUCCCGCUCGCCGUCUAUCUCCAACAUGGCUGCUUUGAGCCGCUCUCAUUCCCCUGCCCUGGGCGUGCAUUCUUUCUCAGGAGUGCAGAGGUUCAACUUUUCUGGUAACGCUCAGUCACCGAAGAGGCACAGUAUCACCCAUUCUCCAAACAGCACUUCCAGUGAUUCCUUCCUUAUACCAGAAACUGAACCAAUUGUUCCUGAGCUGUGUAUAGAUCAUCUGUGGACAGAAACAGUCACAAACAUGAGAGAGAAGAAUUCCCAAGCAUCGAAAGUGUUUAUUACCACUGACCUCUGUGGGCAGAAGUUCUUGUGCUUUUUAGUGGAAUCCCAGCUCCAGCUGCGGUGUGUAAAAUUUCAGGAGAGCAAUGAUAAGUCGCAGCUGAUCUUUGGUUCCGUUACCAAUAUUCAAGCAAAGGAUGCAGCUCCAGUGCAGGGCAUUGAUACACUGCUGGUUCUGGAAGGCAGUGGAAAUCUAGUGCUUUAUUCUGGUGUGGUUCGGGUGGGGAAGGUUUUUAUUCCCGGGCUGCCUGCUCCAUCCCUGACAAUGUCCAACCAAAUGCCUCGGCCGAGCACUCCCUUGGAUAGUGUCAGCACUCCAUCCAAGCCUUUGAAUAAGCAUCUGGGGCCCCUAGAAGAGAGCGUGCUUUUGUCACCAGUUCCAGAGCUAAGGGAUUCUUCCAAACUUCAUGACUCAACUUAUGUUGAAGACUGUACUUUUCAGCAGCUUGGAACUUUCAUUCACGCUCUGAGGGACCCUGUCCACAACAGAGUAACUUUAGAACUCAGCAAUAAUACAAUGGUUCGGAUUACAAUUCCUGAGAUUGCCACCUCGGAACUAGUGAAAAGAUGUCUGCAAGGCAUCAAAGCUAUCCUGCCCAAAGAGGUAGCGGUACAGAUGCUUGUCAAGUGGUACAAUGCUUAUAAUGCUCCAGGAGGACCAAGCUAUCAUUCAGAAUGGAAUUUAUUUGUAACAUGUCUCAUGAAUAUGAUGGGUUACAACACCGAGAGACUGUCCUGGACACGUAAUCUUGAUUUUGAAGGAUCACUUUCACCAGUUAUUGCUCCAAAGAAGGCUAGGCCGUCAGAAACGGGGUCAGAUGAAGACUGGGAAUAUCUUCUGAGCUCUGAUUACCAUAGGAAUUUUGAGUCUCACCCUGUUGCCAAAGCUUUGCGACUGGACCCUCUGGAAUUUUCAGCUCCGAAAGAUGACUUUUCACAGAGCCUUAGUUUGGAUUCCUCAACACUCCUUUUCACCCAUAUUCCUGCUAUUUUCUUUGUUCUUCAUCUCAUCUACGAGGAGCUCAAACUGAAUAGUCUCAUGGGAGAAGGAAUUCGUUCGCUUGUGGUUCUUCUGGUUCAGCUGGCCAGAGACUUAAAACUUGAAGCUUAUAUAGAUUAUUACUACAGAGACUAUCCAGCCCUUGUAAAAACCUCCAGACAAACCUGCAUAGUUGAUCAAGGUUUCAUGCACCAUCCCUCAUUUUUUUCUGCUGAGCCUCCAAGUAUCUUUCAGUGGCUGAGUUCCUGUCUGAAGGGAGAAGGAGUGCAGCCUUAUCCUUACUUACCAGGAAUCUGUGAAAGGAGCAAACUGGUAGUAUUGAGUGUGGCUCUGUAUAUACUUGGUGAUGAGAGCGCUGUAUCUAACGAAGCCUCCCAUUAUUUGUACAAGAUUACAUCAGGACAACGAAAACAGCAAAUAGAACAGGAUGACAGCCGAAGCAGUUUCAGACACAGCCCAUCUGUUUCCAGCCUGGCUGAAAAGUUAAUUAUUUGGAUGACUAAUGUUGGUUUCACCUUAAGAGAUCUGGAGUCUCUCCCCUUCGGUGUAGCUCUUCCUAUCAGAGAUGCGAUAUAUUAUUGCCGAGAGCAGCCUGCCUCAGACUGGCCAGAAGCAGUUUGUCUCUUGAUUGGGCGCCAGGACCUGUCCAAACAGGCCUGUGAAGGGAACCUGCAGAAGGGUAAAUCUGUGAAGGAUGAGGAUGGCAUGAAUGACAUGAACGAGGAAGUGAUGUCGUUAAUAUGGAGCGAGGAUCUGAGAGUGCAGGAAGUACGCAGGCUCCUUCAGAGCGCCCGUCCUGUACGCGUCAAUGUAGUGCAGAUGCCAGAAGCUAGUGACCAUGAAUACAUAGAAGAGAAAGAAAACCGGCUGUUACAGCUGUGCCAGCGAACCAUGGCACUACCUGUUGGACGAGGAAUGUUCACUUUGUUCUCAUAUCAUCCUGUUCCAACGGAGCAGUUGCCCAUCCCUAAGCUGAAUCUAACUGGCCGUGCUCCUCCUAGGAACACCACUGUUGAUCUGAACAGUGGGAACAUCGAUGUGCCUCCUAACAUGGCUUGCUGGGCCAGCUUUCACAACGGGGUAGCUGCCGGCCUGAAGAUAGCACCUGCUUCGCAGAUUGACUCUGCUUGGAUUGUCUAUAACAAGCCCAAAAUUGCUGAACUAGCAAACGAAUACGCAGGCUUCCUCAUGGCUCUGGGCCUCAACGGGCAUCUCACAAAACUUGCCACACUCAAUAUACAUGACUACCUAACCAAGGGCCAUGAGAUGACGAGUAUUGGACUGUUGCUGGGCGUUUCUGCUGCCAAGCUGGGCACGAUGGAUAUGGCCAUUACGCGCCUCCUGAGCAUCCACAUACCUGCCCUCCUGCCACCAACUUCAACAGAGCUGGAUGUCCCCCACAAUGUGCAGGUGGCUGCCGUGAUCGGGAUAGGCCUGGUCUAUCAGGGCACCGCUCACAGGCACACAGCCGAGGUUCUGCUGGCUGAAAUAGGACGUCCCCCUGGACCAGAAAUGGAGUACUGCACAGACAGGGAGUCCUAUUCCCUUGCAUCUGGGCUGGCCUUAGGCAUGGUUUGCCUAGGGCACGGCAGCAAUUUGAUAGGCAUGUCAGACCUCAACGUUCCUGAGCAGCUUUACCAGUACAUGGUUGGGGGUCACAGGCGGUUCCAAGCGGGAAUGCACAGAGAGAAGCACAAGUCUCCCAGUUACCAAAUCAAGGAGGGAGACACCAUAAAUGUGGAUGUUACUUGUCCGGGUGCCACGCUUGCACUUGCUAUGAUCUACCUAAAGACUAACAACAGAUCCAUUGCUGACUGGCUUCAAGCACCAGAUACCAUGUAUUUGCUGGACUUUGUAAAACCAGAGUUCCUUCUAUUGAGGACCUUGGCUCGGUGCCUGAUUUUGUGGGAUGACAUCUUGCCCAAUUCCAAGUGGGUUAAUAGCAACGUGCCUCAAAUCAUAAGAGAGAACAGUAUAUCUCUUCAUGCAGCAGAGCUGCCUUCAUCUGAAGACCUGAGUUUAGAAACACUGGCGCAAGCUCAUGUCUACAUCAUUGCUGGAGCAUGUUUGUCACUGGGAUUUCGAUUUGCUGGUUCAGAAAACCUGGCAGCAUUUAAGUGCUUGUACAAAUAUGCAACAGAUUUCCUGAAGUGUUUGUCAGCACCAACAGCUUCAAUAACAGGUCACUAUAAUCUCGAAACAUGCUUGAGCGUCUUGCUGCUGUCUCUCGCGAUGGUGAUGGCUGGCUCUGGAAACCUGAAAGUCCUUCAGCUUUGCCGUUUCAUGCACAAGAAGACGGGUGGCGAGAUGAACUACGGGUUCCACCUGGCUCACCACAUGGCUUUGGGGCUUCUCUUUUUGGGAGGAGGAAGAUACUCACUGAGCACAUCAAAUUCUUCAAUUGCUGCUCUCCUUUGUGCUCUGUACCCUCACUUCCCUGUUCACAGCACGGACAACCGGUACCACCUUCAGGCUUUGCGUCACUUGUACGUGCUGGCAGCAGAACCAAGGCUCUUAACACCCGUUGAUGUGGAUUCAAACACUCCUUGCUACGCACUGAUAGAGGUUACGUACAAGGGCACGCAGUGGUAUGCAGAAGCCACAGAGGAACUGAUGGCACCCACGCUUCUUCCAGAGCUCCACUUACUGAAGCAGAUCAGAGUGAAGGGACCACGGUACUGGGAAUUAUUAAUAGAUUUAAGCAAGGGAACGAAUCAUCUGAAAUCAAUUCUUUCAAAGGGUGGCGUCUUGUACGUGAAGCUGAGAGCUGGGCAGCUCUCCUACAAGGAGGACCCGAUGGGCUGGCGCAGUCUCUUAGCACAGACUGUUACUCACCAAAACUCUGAAGCUCGGGCAUUCAAGCCAGAAGCGAUUUCAGCUUUCACUUCUGAUCCUGCUCUGUUUUCAUUCGCUGAUUACUUUUGCAAACCAACUGUGAACAUGGGCCAGAAACAGGAAAUCCUGGAUCUUUUCUCCUCAAUUCUUUAUGAAUGUGUUACCCAAGAAAAUCCAGAGAUGCUGCCCACGUACAUAGCCAUAGAUCAGGCUGUGAGGAGAUUAAAAAGAAGAGAAAUGUCUGAGACAUUUGAGCUCUGGCAGAUAAAGCUGGUGUUAGAGUUUUUCAGUUCCAGAAGUCACCGGGAGAGGACGAGCAGGAAUCCAAACCGAGGGCUCUUCAUGAACUCGGAAUUUCUGCCUGUGAUGAAGUGCACUAUCGAUAACACUUUGGAUCAGUGGCUUCAAGCUGGAGGGGAUGUCUCUCUGCAUUCCUACCUAAGUGGGCAGCCCCCAGAGGAAUCUCAGCUGAGCAUGCUGGCUUGCUUCCUUAUUUACCACUCUGUCCCAACACCGGGUCAGCUGGCAGCUGGAGGCUUGGAAGGAAGCACAAACUUCUCUGAGCUGCUUUUGAAGUUCAAGCAGUUGAACAUGCCGGUUCGCGCCUUGCUAAGGCUCGCUCCUCUGUUGCUUAGAAAUCCACAGUCCAUGGUGCUGUAGGUCCGCGGCGUUCCUUCCGCCGGUGGUUACCGAGUGAGGGAGCCGGCUGUGUGGUGUGUCACGCUUUUCAAAACCGUACAGGUAAAACGUACUUGAGUUUGUAACUUCUCAAACUACGUAAACAUCAAGCUUGUCCCCCGGAUGUGGUGACUAUGACCAGGAGUUAUUUAUAGAUUGU